CUCUCUCUGAGUCAUAUAUAUAUUUUUCCUUUCUAUUUUUUUAGUCAUUUUUCUGGAAAUUUAAUUGAUUUUCUUAUAUUUCAUUUAAUUUUUUAUGAAGGACUAUUAACUGACAAACGUGAGGGUGGGGUUAUAACCCACUUAAUUUAAUUCAGUAUUGAUAGACAUUCAAACUUGCCAACUGCUUAUUGCUUAAGCUAUCAAUAUUUCAAAGUCUUCCAUUAGUCUGCACUCCACUUUUGUUUUUAGGCUUUUUUGGCCACAUACUUUCUUGUCAUUUUAUAUAAGUAAACUCUUCUGCCCUUCUGCCCAGAGAUUGACCUCAAAACUCAAAAGUGCGAAAUUUAAUUCUCUUCUUUAGUAACUUAGCAACAAUUUAGUGCUUUGUCUUUCGAAUGGAAAGGAUUUUGCUUAAGUUUUCAUUAUGGUUUCUUAUACUUUUGGUUCAAAUGAAUGCAUACAGUGCUUGCUUGGAAAAAGAAAGGAUAGGUUUGAUGGAGUUCAAGGCUUUCCUAAAAUCAAACUGUUAUGAUAAUAAUGAUAUUCUUGAUUCUUGGGUUGAUGAUGGAAUGAGUGACUGCUGUGAUUGGGAGGGUGUUAUAUGCAAUGCCACCUCCCGGCGUGUGAUUGAACUCUCAGUAGCACAUAUGGGAUAUGGAGCUUUUGAAAAUGGAACCUUUGGAAAUGAAACAUUUUGUAGUCUAAAUCUCUCCUUGCUUCAUCCUUUUGAAGCUUUGCUUAGACUUGAUUUAUCUUCUAAUCGGUUAAAUGGCUGGAUUAACAAAGAAGGUUUUGAAAGACUAUCAAGAUUGAAAAAGCUACAAUGCUUAGAUCUUAGUGAUAAUCUAUUCAAUAAUAGUAUUUUAUCAUCAGUGAAUGCUCUUAUAUCGCUUAAGACUUUGAUUCUUAGAGGAAACAACAUGGCUGGUUUGUUCCGUAUUAAAGAGUUAGUUGAUUUGAAAAACUUGGAAACUUUGGAUAUAAGUGAGAAUCAAUUCAAUGGCAUCUCAAUGGAAGGUUUUGAUAGAUCAUCAAGUUUGAAGAAGCUACAAGUUUUAGAUCUUAGCUCUAAUAUGUUCAACAACAGUAUCUUACCACACAUGAGUGGUCUUGUAUCACUAAAGACUUUGAUUCUUCGAAGCAAUGACAUGGCUGGUUCUUUCCCUAGCAAGGUUAAUCUGAAAACCUUGGAAACGUUGGAUAUAAGUUACAAUCAGUUCAAUGGCACCCAAUCAGUUGAAGGAUUAUGUGGAUUGAAAAGUCUCACUGAGUUGGGACUCCGUAGUAACCAGUUUUCUGGUCCUCUCCCUCAAUGUCUUGGCAACUUAACUAAUCUCCAAGUUCUUGAUUUGUCGACCAAUCAGUUUAGUGGCAAUAUACAAUCUGUUGUUUCUAAACUCACAUCCCUCAAGUACUUGUUUCUUUCUGGUAAUGAGUUCGAAGGCUUAUUCUCAUUUAGCACUUUGGCCAACCACUCAAAAUUGGAGAUAUUUCAACUGUCAUCUGGAAGUAGUAGGUUAAAAUUGGAAACAGAACAUCCUACCUGGUUUCCUACAUUUCAACUGAAGUUGAUCGACUUGCCAAAUUGCAACCUGAAUUUGCAAACUAAAACAUUUCCUAGCUUUCUUCUCUACCAGCAUGACAUACGCUUCAUUGAUCUCUCUCAUAAUAAGCUGGUUGGGACAUUCCCCAGUUGGAUCUUACAAAAUAACUCUAAGUUAGAAAUUAUGAAUUUGAUGAACAACGCAUUCAAGGGAACUUUUCAGUUGCCAAAUUUCAAGCAUGGGUUGCGUAAAUUUGAAAUUUCAAGCAACAACAUCACGGGUCAGCUGGCUAAGGAAUUUGGUUUGGUCUUUCCAAAUCUGUCAUAUAUAAACAUGUCAAGGAAUAGUUUUUAUGGUAACAUUCCUUCUUCAAUUGGUGAGAUGCAAGGACUGAAGUUGCUGGAUAUGUCCAAUAAUAAUUUCUCAAGAGAGUUGCCUGGAAGUCUAUUUGUGAAUUGUACCAAUAUAGUGGUACUGAUUCUAUCAAACAACAAUUUUCAAGGGAACAUUUUUCCUAACAAUAUGAACUUGAGAAGCUUGAUGGUGUUAGAUAUGAAUAACAACAAUUUCACUGGAAUGAUAAGUGCAGAGUUGGGGAAGAUCCCCAUGUUACAAGUUUUGGACAUAUCCAAUAACAAGGUAUCAGGUACAAUUCCAAUGCAACUAUGUAAUCUAAGCAAUCUUGACAUUUUAGACCUCUCACAAAAUAUUUUAUUUGGGUCUGUGCCUUCCUGCUUCAAUGCUUCAUCACUGCGGUUCUUGUUUCUACAAAAGAACGGUCUAAAUGGGUUGAUACCACCUGUGCUUGCUAGGAGUCCUAAUUUGGUGGCGCUUGAUCUGAGGGAUAACAAGUUUUCUGGAAGUAUUCCGUCUUGGAUCAGUCAACUUUCCAAAUUGCUUGUGCUUUCAUUGGGAGGGAAUGCAUUACGAGGUCAUAUUCCAAACCAGUUGUGUCAAUUAAGAAAUGUGAGAAUUAUGGACCUUUCGCGCAACUUUUUUUUCGGUUCCAUUCCUUCAUGCUUUAAUAAUGUAUCAUUUGGGAUGAUGGGCGAAGAUAAUUUUGAGACUGGAUCCAUAAGUGAGGUAGAGGCCACAGAGAGUAGACAUGUAGGUAUGCAGGACUUCUCAUUUAGCCGCCCUUAUAGUCCCUACAAUUCCACUCUUGAAUUAGAUUUGCCUGUGCUUUCUUGGUCUUCUUCUAAAGAAGUAGAAGUGGAAAUUGCAAUGAAGUAUAGAUAUAACUCCUACAAGGGCUAUAUUAUCAAUUUAGUGGCGGGAAUUGAUUUGUCAUGCAAUGAGUUAACUGGCAGCAUCCCUCCAGAAAUUGGAGACCUUCAUGAAAUUCAAUCAUUGAAUUUGUCCCACAAUUAUUUAACAGGAUCUAUACCAGUCAGUUUUGCGAAUCUAAAGAGUUUAGAAAGCCUAGACCUUGGCAACAACAAUUUGAGUGGUGAAAUCCCAAGACAAUUAGUUGAGCUGAAUUUUUUGGGAACUUUUGAUGUUUCAUACAAUAAUUUGUCUGGUAGAGUCCUUGAUAAGGGGCAAUUUGGGACAUUUGAUGAAUCUAGUUACAGAGGUAACCCUGGCCUUUGUGGACCAUUCAUUCAUAGGAGCUGCAAUGCUGAUGAAAGUCCAGCAACCUCACCAUUGAUUGAUGUAGAAGAGCAAGACACUGAAGGUGGUAUUGACAUGGUGUGGUUCUAUUGGAGUUUCUGUGCGUCCUAUGUCACAAUCCUAUUGGUUUUGGUAGCAAUUCUCUGCAUCAACAGGCAUUGGCGCAUGUUAUGGUUUUACUUCAUUGAUGGUUGUAUUUACUCAAUUUCUGUUUGGCUUUUUGAAACUGAAUUCUACCAAUAAAACUAUCUAGCGUCUAUGCAAAAAUGUAGGCUUUUGCUAGUGCUUGAAGAACAUGGGAGCUGCAUUGAAUCACAAGUAUGAACUUUUGUUGGUCUAUGUUAGUCAUUGGCAUUGUAUUUGAAUUUUUAUGGGUAAUGUGCUCUUGUAAUAAUUGAAAUUUCGAUUUCAUUUCUAUUGCCAAAAGCAGGAUAUAAGAUGUGUCAACUUUUUAA